GAGAUCUGACGUCAGGGAUCGCUUUCGUCGUUUUGACGUGUCAAGCCCUCAUUUCCAUUCUGGCUGUGGCGGGUUGGAGUCCUGCUCAAGCAUGAGCCAGGCAGAAACGGGCGACCUGUGAUCGCAGCCAGGCACUUUCUUGAGAACAGCCAGCUCCUUCUCCACCCCACCCCCCAACCAGCCUUUCUCCUGAUCGCAUAGCAACCAGAGAGGGGAAGGAGUUUUCCACUCUUCCUCCUUUUUUUGAACCACGAAUCCUGACUUCUCCAGCUGCCUGACUCGAUUCCUUGAUCGAUUCUCCUCGUUCUCUCCAAAGCGCACCGUCCUCCUUCUUCCUCGCCGGCUGCCAUGGAGAGGCGAGGCUGGGCAGGGCGCAGCGCGGCCGUGGCUUUGCUCGCUGCCUGGAGCGCAGCCGUCCUGCUGGCCCAGGCGGAGAGGCAGUUCGUCAACGAGUGGGCAGCCGAGAUCCCGGGAGGUCCGGCGGCAGCCCAGGCCAUCGCCGACGAGCUGGAGUAUGAACUUCUGGGGCAGAUUGGAUCACUUGAAAAUCAUUAUCUAUUUAGACAUAAGAGCCAUCCUAGAAGGUUGCGAAGGAGUGCUACUCACAUCACAAAAAGACUCUUGGAUGAUCAACGCGUGUCUUGGGCAGAACAACAGUAUGAAAAGAAGCGAAGUAAGCGUUCAGUAUUGCGGGACUCAGCGGAAAAUCUUUUCAAUGACCCCAUGUGGAACCAGCAAUGGUAUCUGCAAGACACAAGAAUGACUCCGUCUCUGCCAAAAUUGGAUCUCCAUGUUAUUCCCGUGUGGCAAAAAGGGAUUACUGGGAAAGGUGUUGUCGUAACAGUGCUUGAUGAUGGCUUGGAGUGGAACCACACCGACAUUUAUAUUAACUAUGAUCCUGAGGCAAGUUAUGAUUUCAAUGACAAUGAUCAUGAUCCAUUUCCUAGAUAUGACCCAACAAAUGAAAACAAACAUGGAACACGGUGUGCAGGAGAGAUCACCAUGCAAGCCAACAACCUGAAAUGUGGAGUAGGAGUUGCGUACAAUUCCAAAGUUGGGGGCAUAAGAAUGCUGGACGGAAUAGUCACAGACGCCAUAGAAGCAAGUUCAAUCGGUUUCAGCCCAGAUCAUGUGGAUAUUUAUAGUGCCAGCUGGGGCCCAAAUGAUGAUGGGAAAACUGUUGAGGGACCUGGCCGGCUGGCACAGAAGGCUUUUGAAUACGGCAUCAAAAAGGGGCGAAAGGGGAAAGGUUCUAUUUUUGUCUGGGCUUCUGGGAAUGGCGGCCGCCAAGGAGACAACUGUGACUGCGAUGGCUACACAGAUAGCAUCUACACAAUCUCCAUCAGCAGUGCUUCUCAGCAAGGCCAUUCUCCCUGGUAUGCAGAGAAGUGCUCUUCAACAAUGGCCACAGCAUACAGCAGUGGGGAUUAUACUGACCAGAAAAUUAUAAGUGCUGACCUUCAUAAUGAAUGCACUUCCACGCACACUGGGACAUCUGCUUCUGCUCCUUUAGCUGCAGGGAUCUUUGCUCUUGCACUGGAGGCCAAUCCUAAUCUAACCUGGAGAGAUAUGCAACAUUUGGUAGUCUGGACAUCUGAAUUCGAUCCGUUGGCCAACAAUCCGGGAUGGAAGAAGAAUGGAGCUGGACUGAUGGUGAACAGCAGAUUUGGAUUUGGAUUGCUCAAUGCCAAAGCACUGGUAGAUUUGGCUGACCCUAAAACCUGGAAAGAAGUACCCGAAAAGAAAGAGUGCAUUGUUAAGGACAGCAGCUUUGAACCAAGGUUAUUAAGAUCUAGUGGUGAAGUUACCAUUGAAAUUCCCACAACAGCUUGUGAAGGUCAAGAAAAUGCCAUUAAAUCCCUGGAACAUGUACAAUUUGAAGCAACGAUUGAAUAUUCCCGCAGAGGUGAUCUUCAUGUGACCCUGACUUCUCCAUCAGGGACCACCACAGUCUUACUAGCCGAACGGCAAAGAGAUAAGUCACCCAAUGGCUUUAAAGACUGGGAUUUUAUGUCAGUUCACACUUGGGGAGAGAAUCCAACAGGCACAUGGAUUUUAAAAGUUGUUGAUACGUCUAGACGAUUGCAAAACGAAGGAAGAAUUGUGAACUGGAAACUGAUUUUGCAUGGCACUUCAACUCGACCUGAGCACAUGAAGAAACCUCGCAUCUACACAUCAUACAAUACUGUCCAAAAUGACAGGAGAGGUGCGGAAAAGAUGACGGAUUUUGUAGAGGAUCACACCACACUGGAGAACCUGAGUGGGAAAAGGAAGGUGACAGAAAGUACCACUGGCGCAGAGAAAUUAGAGGAAGUGGCCUCAUCAGAUGCAAUGCUCCGGCUACUGCAAAACGCCUUUCGUGACCAGAUGGGUGGGAAUCGAGUACCAAAAAAGGUGCUAAGUGAAAACUCAAAUAUUCCCUAUGAACAUUUCUAUCAAGCUCUUGAGAAACUAAACCAAGCCUCUCAGCUGAAAGACUCAGAGGAGUCUCUGUAUAGUGACUAUGUUGACCUUUUUUACAAUACCAAACCAUACAAGCAUCGGGAUGACAGACUACUCCAAGCCUUGGUUGACAUUCUGAAUGAAAAAGAUUAAGAUAUACAUAUAUAGAAUAAGGCACUAGGUUGGAAACAUUCACAGCCACCCCUUUUCUUAAUACUCCUCAUUCCAGACUGGCUCCCACUUAUUCAAUCUGCAUCAUCAUCAUUUUUAUGGUUUUUUGCAUGCCAACUAUCUUCUUUAGGAGAAAGAGAAUGGGCUGCUUGUUGGAUGUGAGGAAAGCACACCUUUAUGAAAAGCUUUCAAUAAUCCUGAGAAUAGGCAGCUUCCUUCGGGAAUGAGACAAAUUUAUCAACUUGAGAAAACACUAGAGAUUGAAUGCAGUAGGACCUGUCUAAAAAAUUAUGUUACCAAUCGCAGUUAGGGAUAUUGUUUCAAGCAGAAAAGCCAGCGAUUAUCUGUCUUCUCCUGGAUUUAAGUGAGUUCUUCAACCCAUAGAGAAGAUUUUCUUUCAGAAGGAAUAAGGCAGUAUUGUCACAAAAUGCAGCCAACUCCUUUCAACCCCAAAUACUGAAGUUUGUCUGUGGACCCAAUCCCCCACCCUGCCCUAGUAUGGAUUCACAUGUAAAAACGCUCCUU